GAUCUGUUUAUUUACAUUCAUUUUGGCCUGAGAAGAUGAAAAUGUUGCUGCUACUGGAUAUAAUAAUUUAUGGCAUCCUAUUUAGCAGAACAUGGAAAAUGAAAAGUUUGCUACUACUUAAAAUACUACUUCAUGGCAUCCUGUUUAGCAGCACCUGGGCCUGGUCAGUACACAUGCCAUCAAGCAUUUCUGGUCUACACAAAUCCUGCCUUGUUAUACCAUGUACAUUCUCCUAUUCAUACUAUCCACCCUAUAACCCUUAUCGGAUAGUGUGGUAUCAGUAUGUUGACCGUGGAUAUCCUCUAGUGCUUGACAGUUGGAACCCUUAUUCAGUGAUUGAAAGGUACAGAGGAAGAACCAGCUUAUAUAAAGGAACAUAUAGGGACUGCAGUCUACUGAUUAAAGACCUUAGAUAUUCCCAUGAUGGAGACAGAAUAUAUGCUUGGAUCGACCCGGAAAAUGUUGGAUGGAGAACUUACAAAUUCUAUGAUGUCACUACACUAAUUCAUGUUCAAUCGUCUGCACCAAAGCCCAUAGUUGACAUCUCUGGAGGUUAUAAAGUUGAUGAAAAAAUUACAGUUCGAUGUAUAACACAUCACACCUGUCCUAAACAUGCCCCCUCUCUAAGUCUGAGUGGGAUACAAAAAACAUCUGACAGUUUGACAGACUACCCUAUUGGUAAUGGCAAUUGGAAAAUCACGCUAACGCGCGAUGGGGUUGUCGAGUCAGAAAUGCACCGAGUUGAUUGUUCUGUUACACACAGUGGUGGGCUCUCAGCAUCCACUACCAAAAUACAUAAUGCAGAGUGUUCCAUUAAUCAAGCCCAGAUUACUCCUGACUCAAACACAGAGUUUCUAGAGGGUGUGGAACAAGACAUUGUUUGCUCUGUUACAUACAUGUGCUCCAGUGCCCGGCCUCAAAUUACUUGGAACGAUGGAAUCUUAAAUGGAAUUAACACUUACAUUCGCAAGCAGGGAAUAAAAUAUGAAGCUAGAUCUACAUUAAAGUUUAAAGCAAAGGCUGAUGAUCAUAGGAAGACCAUUACCUGCCAAACAAACUUUAAAGGGAUGGUUCAAAGAGUGAAAAUUACUUUAAGAGUCAAGAGUGAGUAUGAGUUUCUGGGGUUAAGGACUUUUUAG